AUGAUUGAUUGUAAAGCAAAAGAAGUUGAAAAUUAUUCAAAUUUAUCCACAGCAAGAAUACUUCUUUCUUUAGGAGGUAUUUUUGGAGCACAUAGAAUAUACCUUAAACAAUAUCCAGAAGCAUUUAUUUAUUUAUCAACAUUUGGUGGUUUUUUAAUAGCAAUUUUUUAUGAUACCUUAUAUCUUCAUCAAAUAGUUGAAGAGUAUAAUAACAAAAUAUUAAAUAAACAAGCAAAUGAAAAUGAGCGUUAUUAUAAUACUCCAAGAAGAUUAUUUAAUAUCAUACCAUGGAAUUCAAUUUUAUUUCUGUUAGCUCAAGUAUCUUAUGGAAUAUGGAUUGGUACACUAUUUUUAGGAUUGAAAACAAUGUUAAAAUUUGAAGAUGAUCUUUUUUUAUCAACAGCUAUUAGUAUUGCUAUAGGUGUUUCAUUUGGAGUAUAUAUAAUGGGUAAUACUGGUUCUGAAAGGAGAGAUCUUCUACCGAUAUGGUGUGCCUCUUUUGCUUUAUCAUUUUUAUGUAUAUGUAUAUUAGAUUUAUCAUACUUUAAUACAUUAGUUUUUACUUCAAUUGCUGGUACUGCAAUGGGAAAUAAAGUAAAGUUAAGAAAUGACUUAAGUAAAAAUAAUGAAAAUGUGGAUAAUUCAAAAGAAUUUUCUUUUAAACAUUUCCUUUUUUGGACUUUUUUGUUUAGUCUUCUUCUUUUUUCACUAUAUCUGGGUGUCUCUGAAACAAUACUUAAUCGUAGAAUAAGAGUUGGUAAAAGUUUUGAUAGUAGAACAAUACGUAAUAUAGCUUAUAAUUUUAUUAUGAGUAAUCAUGGACAUAACAAUAGAUUAUUUUUAUCUUCAAUUGAAAUUACUUAUUUACCUUCAGUUCACAAAAAUUCAAAAAUUAAUGGACUUUUUAAGGUGGGUGAUAAUGAUUGGACAUCAUCUCUUACUGUAUUCAUUGUGGAUGUUGUACGUGCCAUUUCUUACAAAGAAUUUCUUGUAAAAGGAAAAAAUUAUAAAGAAGAUACAAUAAUGCAUCCAAUGUUUUGGGCUUUCAAUAGGAUGUUUGUAUUAAAAAGUUUGGAGCAAAAGAUUUUUGAAAAUGAUAAUGUAUUAAUGAAAGUAUGUGAAAAGACAAGUAAAGAAUAUGAAAAAACAAUAAAAUUUACUUAUUCAAUGAAUGAUUCUUCUAUGAAGAGAAAUUACAAAAAUUUAAAUACUAAAAAAUGUUGUGACAAUUAUACAAGUUUCUUAAAAGCUAUGAACACCAUAUGA